AACGUCGUAGUAGAAUUACAUUAUACUAUAAUAUUAAAAUGUCAAGUAUAACAUAAAUUCUACUGCAGUAGUUGUCUGUGUAGAUUGUUGUUAUUGUUUUGCUACUAUGUUUAGUCAAAACAACGACAAUGGUAUUUUUUUCACAUUUAUUUUGCCGAAGUCUUAAAAAUGACCCCUUAUUCCGAUUUAUGAUGCGCGUUAUAUUAUAACAGCUAUCGUGUCGACUAAAUUCAAAAAAUUUUUUGUUGACAAAUCAAAAAAAAAAAAAAAAUGCCAUUGCCCUGUAUUGGACACUCAUAAAGUUACCUACAUUAAAUCGGGCGUUUGAAUAAUUGUACAAUGUCUGCCGAUUCUCCUUGUAAAGCGUCCAAACAUGUUAUUGGAAAAACCGUUUUGCCAGGACCCAUCGUUGACCGAUCGAUCAUUAACAGUGUCACCGGCUUCAUUCAAGACGUAGUUCCUCAUGGUUAUUCUACCGUGGUCAAUGUCGAUAACAGAGAAAAAAUACUUUGGACACAAUUCGAGACUUUAGAUCCCAAUGAAUUUGCCUUCAACUAUGAAAACGAUGAGACGCUCAUGUCUGGCGUCUCGCCUAUACUUCUUGUCUUGGGUUAUGGAUUUGGUGUCCAGGUAUGGUAUAUUGGUGCCAACGGUGAAGCUUAUGAAGUUUUAUCAUGGUCCCAGGGUAUCGUUAGAGUCUUAAGAUUUAUGCCUUCCCAUCAUCCAGAUUUAAAGUUCCGACAAGAUCCGUUUGCUCAUAAACGACCUUUGAUUGCUUUAUGCGAUAGCUCAGGUGCUGGACCACAAUUUUGUUCCGUUAGUUUUAUAUCGUUGACUUGCGGAGAUGUGGUGAAAACAAUCAAAUUUAAAAACCCUGUAGUAGACAUAAUUGUGAAUCGAUUUGCUGUAGCAGUUGUAUUCCUGGAAAGAAUUGCUGUAUUUGACGCAUUAACAGUUGAAGACAUAACGACGAUCACUACAUGUUAUCCGAGUCCUGGUAUUAAACAAAAUCCUAUAGCGCUAGGAACCAGAUGGUUGGCUUAUGCAGAUCAGAAGUUGGUUUCGUGGAGUCGAUCCAUCGGAGGUUACGAAGGCGAAAACGGACAUUCAUAUACGGCUACGGUUCUACAUGCAGCGAAAACAUUAAGUCAAAGUUUGCGUGACUUGAGUGGAUCUGUGGCUAAUAGCAUAACUGGGGUUCAUAAUUCAAAUUCGACACAUAAUAUGUCAGUCAUAAAUGAUGCCAAUCAAAUGAAUCCGGGCAUAAUCACAAUUGUUGACAUUAAAAAUAAAGUAUUAAAAGAAACCACUUCCCAUGGGCCUGACAUCGUGGCUCAUUUUGCUGCUCAUUGUGAAGCUAUUGUAGCACUAAAUUUCGAUCAGUCGGGAUUGAUGUUGAUCACUGCCGAUAAGAAUGGCCAUAGGUUUAACGUGUUCAAAAUACAUCCAAACGUGUUGGGUUCAUCAUUUGCAUCAGUACACCAUUUAUAUACAUUACACCGGGGUGAUACAACUGCCAAAAUUCAAGACAUACAGUUCUCGAGCGAUUCAAGAUGGGUAGCUGUAAGUUCAUUGAGAGGGACAACUCAUUUAUUUCCAAUCACACCCUACGGAGGACCCAUUGGCCUGCGAACUCACUCAACUCCACAUAUUGUAAAUAAAUUAUCCAGAUUUCACCGCAGUGCAGGAUUAAUAUCGGAUGGCAGAAAUAGUCCAGUGAUGACAGAGUCAUUUCAAGGGUCUCAAAUUAUUUUACCAUAUUCUAAUCCGUGUGUAAUUCCAGUUCCACAUCCAAUAGUUGUACAUUCAUUGUGUCAAAUACGAUCGCAGCAUAAUAAAAUAACGCCAGACGAAGUUGGUAUAUCUACUAGUAUACGACUGUCCACUUGUUUCGGUCAUGGCCGAGUUCUAGAUACGAUUAUGAUUAGAGAUCUGUCAAAAGUGUCGUAUAAUCCCAAGAAAAACGUUGCCGAUUCUUUAUAUAUCAUGACGAGUAAUGGUAUCUUAACUCAAUACGAUAUGUUCCCAGUACAUUCAAACUCUAUAUCCAAAGAAAAAUUAUUCGAUGACGCAAUGAUUGAAUUAAAUAUUGAUCCGAAAACUGAAUGGAACUUAUACAAACCUCCUCUUCACGCAUCAACAGUCAACCCUCCGCUAAAUAGGGGCAACCCGCUAUUGGAUCUGUUUGUGCAUUUUCCGGUUUCGAAUAUGACAAAUAGUACUGAAAAAAAAUCUUUGGAAAAUAUAGACGAACGUUGGUUGUCUCAAGUUGAAAUCAGCACGCAUGCUGGUCCACAUCGCCGUCUUUGGAUGGGACCACAAUUUGUGUUUAAAACUUGUAAUUCUACAAUAAUAAGGUCUGAAUCUGAUACUCAGUUAAAUGAUAACGAAAAUGGUCCUCGGCUAUUAAAAUCAAACCCAGUCAGUGUUCCCCAAACGGGUAGUAAUUACAGGCAAAGCACUCCAGUAUUUAUUGAAUGUGGCUCAAAUAGUAGUUUCGAUUAUUCGCCAAAGUUUCUAGACAUCAACCAAGGAGACUCAUCAGAUGUAUCGUCAGAUCAAGGCGAUAGCAAGAUACUCGAAGACUUGGCAGAAGCCAUGAACGAUAACCUUCAAAUCGAAAAAACUGACCUUUCAGAAACGGAGAUGGCCGACGAAAGCCCGUAUACCAUACAAACUGUUACGACCAAACGGUGUAAAAAAGCGAAAAAAAGAAAAAAUAAGUAAACGUAGGUGUUUAAUCAAAAUUGUAUUAGGUAAUUUAUAUUGUUAGUCAAUAAUAUUAUAUUUAUUAUAAUUAUCGCAAAAGAAACCAUUGUUGUGCACAAUUUCGAUUUAAUUGUUCCAAGUGAAAUUUGAAUGUAAAUUUUUUUUUUUUUUUUUUGUUAUUAUUAUUUAAAAAUUGCAUGUAAAUAGAUACCAAACAUCAAGUGGAUACAACAGUACGUCGUCGUGUUUAUUCUAACCGAAUCCAUUAGUUUUAGAAUAUUUAUAAAAUCUAUAUUUAUUCAUUGACUCUGUUUAAUUGUUGUUAGAUUUAACGGUGUAAUAUAAACGAUCAAUUAGUAUGCAUUUUA